AUGUUGUGUUGUGGUGGUGGUGAAGAGGAAAACUUUGGCCAACCUCUCCAUCCAUCAGUUCCUCCUCCAAGUCGAAAUGCUCCCGGGAAUGAUAGAGAGCCAAGAACAUCAAAUGCUGUCAAAACUGGACCAGCACAAACAGUAUUACCAAUUGAAGUUCCGGCAAUUCCGUUAGCGGAAUUGAACAAGUUAACACACAAUUUCAACCAGAAAGCUUUUGUCGGUGAAGGUUCGUAUGGCCGGGUUUAUCAAGCAACACUUAGCACCGGACAACAUGCCGCGAUUAAGAAACUCGACCUUAAUGCCUCACAAGAAUCUGAUAGUGAGUUUGCAGGACAGCUCUCAUUGAUUUCAAGACUCAAACAUGAAUACUUUGUCGAGUUAUUAGGCUAUUGUUUGGAGGCGAAUAACCGGAUUUUAAUAUACGAAUUCGCGACCAAUGGUUCACUGCAUGAUAUAUUACAUGGGAGGAAAGGAGCACAAGACGCGAAUCCUGGCCCUAUUUUGAGCUGGAAUCAAAGAGUGAAAAUUGCUUAUGGUGCUGCAAGAGGCCUUGAAUAUCUUCAUGAAAAAGUACAACCACCGAUCGUCCAUCGGGAUAUUCGAUCAAGCAAUGUUCUUUUAUUCGACGAUUUCUUGUCGAAAAUAUCUGACUUUAAUCUGACAAGCCAGUCACCCGACGCAGCUUCCCGUCUUCAUUCUAGCCGUGUUUUAGGCACUUUCGGUUAUCAUGCACCAGAGUAUGCAAUGACUGGACAAUUGAACCAGAAAAGUGAUGUGUAUAGCUUUGGAGUUAUACUUCUUGAAUUAUUAACAGGAAGAAAGCCAGUAGAUCAUACAAUGCCUAAAGGACAACAAAGUCUUGUCACUUGGGCAACACCAAGAUUAAGUGAAGAUAAAGUUAAGCAAUGUGUUGAUCCAAAAUUAAACAAUGAAUACCCACCAAAAGCAGUUGCAAAGAUGGCAGCAGUAGCAGCAUUAUGUGUUCAAUACGAAGCCGAUUUCCGACCGAACAUGACGAUCGUCGUCAAGGCUCUGCAACCUCUGCUUAAUUCUAAAGCAGGCCCAGCCUCCGCCGCCGCCGCAGCCUCCGCCGUCGGUGGCGGGCGCUGAACUCUAACUCCGGCAAGGCCGCAGAGGUGGAGGAAGAAAGAGAAGAGAGAGGAGAAGACGGCUCUGAGAACGGCCCCACGUCGAGGGAUGAGCCGAGGUUGGACUCGCCGGUGAUGUCGCCGGAGUCCGGCCACUCUAGCUCCUUCUCCGGCCAUC